GCGAACAGUACGAGACUUGGAACUGGUCCGGCGUGUCAUGAGGGACGUGUGCGUGCACCAACCACUGCAGAGCUUCAAAAUCAAUUCCUGAACUAGCUGCUGCCGCCCGGGCAAAACAAAGCGAAACUGCCAAAACAAAACAAAAGUCGCGAGCCGCCGGCAACAGCAGCUGUCCGUCCGAGUCUUCGCUUCGCUUCGCUUCCAUUUCGUCGCCGUUGCACCUCCCAUAGUAAUAGUCCCCCAUUCAAUCCGCUCGGUCCAAAUCCACGUCUUUUGUCGUGGGGUGGUGUCUGGCAUUGCAUUAUUGGAGGAUCGAAACCAUCGCCACCGCACCAAUGAUCCCCUUCUCCGUCCUCGCCGGCGCCCUCGUCUUGCUCGUCGGCGUCGCCGAUGCCCUGCCCGGGUACCAGAUAAGCUGCGGCGCGACGUCGGACAAGGUCGCGGGGAACGUGACAUGGGUCGCCGACGGGGCGUUCAUCCACGCCGGCAAGGUGGCGGAGCUGGACUCCCCGGGCGUCAUGCCGAUGCUCUCCUCGCUCAGGUACUUCCCGCCGGACGCGUCGUCCGCCGCCAAGUACUGCUACGCGGUCCCGGCGGCGAUGCACGCCAGGUACCUGGUCCGCACGACGUACUACUACGGCGGGUUCGACGGCGGCGGGGCGCCGCCGGUGUUCGACCAGAUCAUCGACGGCACGCGGUGGAGCGCGGUGGACACGGCGGGGGGCUACGCCCGCGGGCUCGCCACGUACUACGAGGCCGUGGUGGAGGCCGCGGGGAAGGAGCUCAGCGUCUGCCUCGCCAGGAGCGCCGCCACCGCGCCCGGCCGGAGCCCCUUCAUCUCCGCGCUCGAGGUGGUGCCGCUCGAGGAGUCCGUGUACAGCGCCGUCAACUUCACCGCCUACGCGCUGAGCACCGUCGCGCGCCACAGCUUCGGCCACAACGGCUCCAUCAUCGGCUAUCCAGACGAUCGGUUCAACCGAUACUGGGAGCCGUACAGCGACGGGGGCAUCCCGGUGGUGGAGAGCCAGGCGAGCGUGGCGACGGAGGCGUUCUGGAACAAGCCUCCGGAGGCCGUGUUCCGGCGAGGCCUGACGGCGAGCAGAGACAAGAGCCUGGAGCUCCAGUGGCCGCCGGCGCCGCUGCCGGCCGCGAGCUACUACCUGGCGCUCUACUUCCAGGACAACCGGGGGCCGAGCGCGCUCAGCUGGAGGGUGUUCGACGUCGCGGUCAACGGCCAGCCCUUCUUCGCCGGCCUCAACGUCUCCACGGCGGGGUGCAUGGUGUACGGCGUCGACUGGCCGCUAUCCGGGCAGACAAGGAUCACGCUGACGCCGGCGCUGGAGUCCCCCGUCGGGCCGCUGAUCAACGCGGCGGAGCUCAUGAUGGUCGUCCCGCUCGGUGGGAGGACGCAUCCCAGAGACGUAAUCGGCAUGCAGGAGCUGGCCAGAGGAUUCACGAACCCGCCGUCGGACUGGAGAGGUGAUCCAUGCUUGCCCCAGGGGAACUCGUGGACUGGUGUCACCUGCAACCAAGAUCCACUGGCAAGAGUAACUGGGCUCAACCUCACAAAUUUCAGAGUUGGAGGAUCGAUAUCUAACAACAUUGCCAAUCUGACUGCAAUUUCCAGCAUUUGGCUUGUCGGGAACAAUUUGACCGGCCCGAUUCCAGAUCUGAACCACCUCCUGCAUGUAGUCUCUUUGCACCUGGAGGACAACGGACUGACAGGCCCGCUCCCUGAAUCGCUCGGAAACCUUACAAGACUUGAGGAACUGUCCGUGCAGAACAACAGCCUACAAGGAACAAUUCCAAGCAGCAUCAGGAACAGAGCGGCGGUGGACCCAAGGUUUAGGUUCCAGUACACACCUGGGAACAACCUUAGCUAACAAGUGCAUUACAGGAAGGCAAAAAUAUCUGACUGCUGUUCCUUACCCAAUUUCGGGUGCUUCGGACCAUUUUCCUUCCCUUUUUUGAAUCACGAUUUUUUGUUGUACUUCGGAAUGUAUACUUAUCUCUUCCCCUGUAAAGAUGCAUUUUUGUCAUAGAAAAAAAACGAGGACUAUAUUUUAUUGAACGAGAAAACGAGAAGGCUUAUUGCUUUAGACGAAUUUUCAUAAGAGCAAUGCGUGUACAACCCAUCCGAACAACAUCUUUAUGAACAAAAGGUCAAUCUUUGAGUGGUU